AUGUUGAGUUACCAGGAUGAGGAAGAACAGGUGGGAUCGUUUCCGAAGGAUUUUGGAUACGGAGAUUUUGAACACGAAAGUGACGGAACUCGGGCGUCGGACGAUAAGCCUCGUAUCCUGUUGAUGGGGCUACGCCGUUCCGGCAAGAGCUCCAUCCAGAAGGUUGUCUUCCACAAGAUGUCGCCGAACGAAACGCUCUUCCUGGAGUCGACGAACAAAAUCGUCAAGGACGACAUCAACAACAACAGCUUCGUGCAGUUUCAGAUCUGGGACUUUCCGGGCCAGAUUGAUUUCUUCGACCCAACGUUCGAUUCGGACAUGAUAUUCGGGGGCUGUGGGGCACUGGUAUUUGUUAUCGACGCCCAAGACGAUUACGUGGAGGCACUGACCAAGCUGAACCAAACCGUCACCAAGGCACACAAGGUCAAUCCGCGCAUCAAGUUCGAGGUGUUUAUCCACAAAGUGGACGGUGUGAGUGACGACUUUAAGAUGGAAUCCCAGCGAGACAUACACUCGAGGGCGACGGACGAUUUAAUCGAUGCGGGACUGGAAGGCGUUCAUUUAAACUUCCACCUGACGUCCAUCUAUGAUCACUCGAUAUUUGAGGCGUUUUCAAAGGUGGUUCAGAAGUUGAUACCUCAGCUAGCGGCACUGGAAAAUUUGCUGAACCUCUUCAUUCACAAUUCUGGCAUUGAAAAGGCGUUUCUGUUUGAUGUGGUGUCGAAGAUCUACAUAGCAACCGAUGCGACACCGGUGGACAUGCAAAGCUACGAGCUGUGCUGCGAUAUGAUCGAUGUUGUUAUAGACCUUUCCUGCAUAUACGGCUCCCGGGACAAUCCGGAUGUGCCCGCGUUCGACAACCAGAGCUCAAGCAUUAUCAAAAUGAACAACAGCACGGUACUGUACCUCCGCGAGGUGAACAAAUUCCUAGCCUUGGUGUGCAUUAUUCGGGAGGAAAGUUUCUCCCGCCAGGGUGUGAUCGAUUACAACUUUCUCUGCUUUCGCGAAGCCAUCACGCAAGUGUUUGAGUUGCGUUUCAAGCACCAAAAGCUCGAGGCCAUCGAACAGGACUCGGACAAUUUGGAAGACCUAAGAGAUUUCGAACGGGGCGAUGUCAUAUCGUCCAUGAAGCGAUUCCAAGAUUAA